CCGCCAACCGCCCGAUAAACACACGAAGAAGAAGGCAGUCGUUCGACAUUCGUUUCGACUUCAGCGUCGAGGAUUGUGGAUAAUAGAGCUGGGCUUCACAAAAGAAAACACAAUUAAGCAGAGCUGAAGCAACUUAACGCACGAUUCGCGGAUAUAGGACCCGGAAAUCAAGAUCUAACUUUCUCCGAAAUGAGUGAGUCGUGUCAUCGUGGUCCGUUUAGCCUCUGAAGCUAACGCUAGCUAGUCGGAGGAGCGAAAGCGGGCCACAUUUUCCUCCCUGUUACAACUAAAGCCUGCAGGCGACCGAGCCUUCGUGGGAUUCGGACCUUAUAGCUGUAAACAGCGGAGGCAGCAAUGGGCUCUUCUAAAAAACACAAGGAAAAGAGCCGCGACAAAGACGCGGAGGAGCGCCGUCGCGAGCAUAAGAAACAUCGCCACAAGGAGAGAGACAGGGACGCGUCCGAUCGGGAUAAAGACCGGCGGAAGCGCUCCAGGUCCAGGGAAAAGAGCCGACGAGAGAGCCACAGCAAGGCCGAUAGAGGCGGCGGCGGUGAGCCCCGGGUGAAGAGGGAGAAAGUUGACGCCGGGUACGAGGAGAGCAAGGCGGAGAUCCAGCCUCAGAGCGCCAGCGGAGAUGCGUCACUCAGCAUCGAGGAGACAAACAAGCUCCGCGCAAAGCUGGGCCUUAAGCCUCUGGAGCUGAACGAGGGCAAAAAGGAGCUGGGCACCAAGGAGGAGCCGCUGGUGGCCGAGACCAUCAACCCCGUUCUGAUCCGACAGCAGAAGGACAUGAGGGAGAAGCUCGCCGCCAUGAAAGAAAAACGCCUGCUCAACCAGAAGCUGGGCAAAGUCAAAGCCAUCGGCGACGACGACUGGCUGGACGACACCGCCGCCUGGGUGGAGAGAAGCAGAAAGCUGGCCAAGGAGAAGGAGAUGGCGGAGAAGAGGGCCAAACUCCUGGAGGAGAUGGACGAAGAGUUCGGCGUCAGCACCCUGGUGGAGGAGGAGUUCGUUCAAAGCAAGCGAGACUCCUACUCAUCGCAGGACCUGAAGGGCCUCAAGGUGCAGCACAAGGUCGACUCCUUCGCCGAGGGCCAGACAGUCGUCCUGACCCUGCAGGACAAAGGCGUGCUGGAGGAAGAGGAAGACGUGCUGGUGAACGUGGGCAUUGUGGACAAGGAGAAGGCUGAAAAGAACGUGGAGCUGAAAAAGAAGAAGCCCGACUACAAGCCCUACGAGGAAGAGGAGAGCGUGGACGACAUGGUCACCUUCAAGGGCCACGCCGUGCUCUCCAAGUACGACGAGGAAAUCGAAGGGGAGAAGAAGAAGAGCUUCCGGCUGGGCACCUGGGGCUUCGCGGACGGGGAGCGCGAGCGGGAGCUCCAGGCCAUGAAAGAGGCGCUGCGGAAUCAGGCCCAGUCCCUGGAGAUGCCCGCCCUCACCAUCGCGUCAGAGUACUACACGCCCCAGGAAAUGGUGGGCUUCAAGAAGACAAAGCGCAAAGUCAAGAAGAUCAGGAAGAAGGAGAAGGUGACGCUUGCGGACGAACUCGCCGACGACACGCGCACCUCCGAUUUCGGCUCGAGGGCGAGAGGCCGAGGCAGCAGGAAGGCCGAGGAGGAGGAGCAAGAGAAGGAGGAGAAGGAGAAAGAUGCCGGCGACGGCGGGCCGCCUCCGGUUCCUCAAAUGUCCGAUGACAUCAGGAUGGCGGAGAUGGACAUAAGCGACGAGGACGAAUACGUCCCCCCCGAGGCGGCCGUGAUCGAGGAGGACGAGGCCGAGCAGGAGCUGCAGAAACAGCUGGAGAAGCAGAGGAAGCUGAGGCAGAAACGGCUCCUCAAAGACUCCGGGGAGAAGGUGGCAGAGCAGAUCAAGGUGCUGGCGAAGGGCGACGACGACAACGACCCCGACAGGAAGAACAACAUCGUCUUCAACGCCACCUCGGAGUUCUGCCGAACUCUGGGGGACAUUCCCACCUACGGACUAUCCGGCAACAGGGAGGACCAGGAGGACAUCAUGGAUUUCGAGCAGCAGGAGGAGAAAGACGAGGACGGAGGCUCCGACUCGGAAAUCGACGAGAACGUCGGAUGGAGCACGGUGAACCUGGACGAAGAGCAGCACCAGGCCGACUUCGCCACGGCCUCGGCCACCAUCCUGGACGAGGAGCCCAUCGUCAACUCGGGCCUGGCGGCCGCCCUGAAGCUGUGCACCAACAAAGGCCUGUUGGACACCCAGAUGCAGAAGGUGGCCCGCGUCAAAGCGACAAAGGGGGCGCUGCCCAACGACAACUACUGCAUCGAGGACAAGAUGGGCUUCGACGACAAGUACAGCCGCAGGGAGGAGUACAGGGGCUUCACGCAGGAGUUCAAGGACAAGGACGGCUACAAGCCCGACGUCAAGAUCGAGUACGUGGACGAGUCCGGCCGCAAGCUCACCCCAAAGGAGGCGUUCCGGCAGCUCUCGCACCGCUUCCACGGGAAGGGCUCCGGGAAGAUGAAGACGGAGAAGAGGAUGAAAAAGCUGGAGGAGGAGGCGCUGCUGAAGAAGAUGAGCAGCAGCGACACUCCUCUUGGGACGGUGGCUUUGCUGCAGGAGAAGCAGAAAUCUCAGAAAACGCCGUACAUCGUGCUCAGCGGGAGCGGGAAGAGCAUGAACGCAAACAACAUCACGAAAUAAGUUCCCGGGCCGCCGUGUGGCAUAGAAACACAGAGAUGCACACAGAACUCUUUUAAGAAAAUUCCUUCAUUGCUUCUUUUUUCUUCUUUUUUUUUUUUUUUUUUUUGGACCUAGCUGGUGAAAGUCUGAUUGAUUUAUAAAAUGUUCAAUAAAAUCAGUGAAAGCGUAAAACUCUUAUUUGUGUUAUGAAUUUAAUAAAGUGAAUACUAUUUUCAUUUGCAAGAUGCAGUAGUUUGUAUAAUUAUCUGGGCUAUCCAAAUGAGGAGAAAUGCACCUAAAGUUCCUAAAUAUAUUUCUAAAUAAGGUUGGUGAAAUUUGUAAAGCUCUUCUGUUUGGUUUUUAUUUUAAAUUAUCUUCUCAAACGUCAUUUCAGUUGAAUUACUACAGGUUACAUUUACUUUAUGCAGCUUGUCUUGCAUGUAACCAGAUGAAAUCUGAAGGGAUUUAAAACAGUUGUGUUAAACAGUUAUGUUGUUAAACUGUUUGGAAUCGAUAUUAAAUAAAGAAAAACAGCUGUUUUCCAAUGAA